AUGUCCGUUUUAGUCAACGAGAGUGCGACGAAAGUUUUUUUGGCCCAAAGAGGUUUGCGUCAAGGUGAUCCGUUGUCGCCUUUCUUAUUCGUGCUUGCUAUGGAAGGUUUGACCACUUUAGUCAAAAAGCCGGUGGAAGUGGGGGAUUUUAAACCGUUCAAAUUUGGGGAGGAGGAUUAUGUAGACAUUCUUCAAUUUGCGGACGAUACCGUUAUCCUUGGAGAACCGACUUGUGACAACCUUUGGAGUAUGAAAGCGAUUUUAAGGGGUUUCGAACUCAUAUCGGGUUUGAAAAUUAACUUUUCCAAGAGUAAUGUUAUAGGAGUGCAUAUUAGUGAUUGGAUGAUGCAUACGGCAACAUCUUUUCUAGCUUGCAAGAAAGGUAAUGUUCCGUUCAAGUUCCUUGACAUUUGGGUGGGUAUCAAUCCUAGAAGGAAGAAGGGGUGGAAGGAGGUUCUAUCUCAUAUGAAAAAUAGACUUUCGACUUGGAAAGGUAGAAAUAUCUCCAUUGGAGGUAGGUUGAUUCUUAUCAAUUCGGUUCUAAAUGUUAUUCCAACGUUCACUCUUUCUUUUUAUAAGGCUCCUAAGUAG